AUGGCUAACCAAGAUGGAAAGCUGCCGACGGACGAAAGAGUGCUCAAAAGUUAGUGCUUAAAUCCUCCUAUCUCGUUGAGCGAUUCAAGAGCGGUCCAUAAUAAUUGCUGUGGAACGAGCCUCUUUAAGUUUUGUUCUUGUGUUUUUUUUCUUGAUCUAGCUGUACCAAUGCCGCCGAUGGAACGACUUAAGGUGGCGGAUGUGUUCGAUGCGGACGGGAAACCCAGAGCAGAUGUCUUAAAAGGUCAUUUCUUGAAGGAGGGAAGAAUUGAAGAAGACGUUGCUCUUCGACUCAUAAAUUCGGGCACCGAACUUCUGCAGGAGGAACCAACAAUGCUCGAGGUCGAAGCCCCUAUAACAGGUACAUGCCACUGGUAAUUUAGAUUUUACAGGUGUAUUUUUUGAUAAGUGUGUCAGGUCACAGUCUUAUGUGAGCUGUGUAUAAGCGUUCGAUCGAUGUGAACUGCUGAUGUAGUGUUCUAUUUGUCUUUGUAUACGUCUAGUGUGCGGCGAUAUACACGGUCAGUUCUACGACUUGAUCAAGUUAUUCGAAGUAGGAGGAUCACCAAGUUCCACAAGAUACCUCUUCCUCGGCGAUUACGUAGACAGAGGUUAUUUUUCAAUCGAGGUAGGAAAAAGCGAACAACAGUAAUCCUUGCCAACCAUCGUACGUGUGUUCUUAUUUCGCUGUUUCUUAUAUUAUUUGUGCAUAUCAACAAAUGAUAACUCCAUCUUUUUCUUUGAAGUGUUGUAAUUCUUCCUCUUUCUCCUCCUUUGGAUAGAGCUAUUAGCAUUUAUCAACUGAGAUAGAUGUUUCAUGUCAUCUUCCCCUUGUUUCUUUUGCAGUGUGUUUUAUAUUUAUGGGCGUUAAAACUCCUUUAUCCUAACACGCUAUUUAUGCUAAGAGGGAAUCACGAAUGUCGACAUUUAACGGAGUAUUUUACCUUCAAAACAGAAUGUAAGUACCUCAUUUUCAGUUAA